AUGCAGCACCCAGAUCAGCAGGUCGCGCCUGUGGCUGACAUGACAGUCAAGCACCAAUGUAGUCCAGAAGCAGACGAAUAUGACGAAAGCCGCUUCACCAUGGAGAUGGCUAAUGAUGAGUCCGACCCCUUCAACCCGAUCGAGCGCGCCGUCCCAUCUGAAGACACAAGCGAUACUGUGGCGAUGCUUACGGGCAUCACCCACCGCAUGCGCGCCAGACCCGAUCGCCCUUGCCGAUCGAAUCGUCUUCGCCCUGCCAUCUACCACCAGCUCUUCUCCGAGGCCGAGGAUAUGCUUUUCGACGUUCUGGCUGCUGUCUUCGAUGCUCUUCUCCUGGUGAAAAAGAUGGGAUUCGAGGAUGAUGAUGUUGACCGGAUCUGGACACCCCUCACCAACUACACAGACUAUCGAAGCUUUUUGCCCGACAGUAAGACUGAUGCACUCGUUGGCCCAAUGGGAACCGGCAAGUCCAAGCUUCUUUCUUGCCUGCUUGGCACAGAGGAUGUCGCGCUCUCCGAUGAUGGGGACCGAGGCACUCAUGUUGUCAGCGAGUUUUGCGGCCCAGAAGUCGCACAGCAGAUGCGGUUCAGGGUCAAGGGCGUCUACCGCAGCGAUGAGGAGACAAUGUCGCUAAUGAGAUCUCUUGUCAACGAUGUGAUGGACUACCUAGAAGUCAAGGAUCAAGCCGGGCUUCCAGACGGAGGUGAAGCCGCUGCUGAGGCUGUUGAGCUCAAGAUGGUCAGUGACAAGGCUGUACAGAUUCUGACGACUAUGCUUUGUGAUGUCAAAGGCUUCUUCGAGGAAGAAACCACCAUGAGCUGGUUUGAGGACCAGCACCGCUCCAAGACGUCCAGAGAAGAGAUUAUGGAAUUCAUCAUUCCCCAUAUUGAGCGACUUAAGAAUGCACGAGGAUUUGCCGAUGACCAGAUCGAAGUGCACAACGCUGACGAUGUCUUUGAGCUGGGGGAGAUAUUCAAACAGCUCUCAACGCCCACCGGUGCAGACGAUGGACCACACCCCUGGCCAUUAAUAUCGAAGGUUGAGGUCCAUUGCAAGGAAGACCUGCUUGAGACGGGGAUUAUCAUCGCUGACACUCCUGGUCUGGAGGACAAGAACCGCUAUGUAGCGCAAAACAACGAGCGCUACCUCAAAGAAAAGGCCGACAAGAUCUUGGUGGUCGCACAGUACCUUCGACUUGAGAACAAAGUCGAGCCCAUGUUGGAGAGAUGCCUUCAAGCAGGCAAGAUCUCGAGGACCGAGCUUGUAGUCACCAAAAUGGACCAGAAAGACCUGCUCAAGAGACACGAGAUCGAGGAACUGGAGGAGUCGGUGAAGCGAAAUUUCGCGCGCCGCUUCACGGUCACGGAGCACCCUUCCAUUGCCGCAUCCCCAGCCGCGAAGAUCCUGGUGGAUGCAGCGAAGCAGGCGGUGACAGGUUUGGAGAAGAUCAAUAGUAUGCUGGAGGAGUGUGAGAAGUGGGAGAAGGAGAGCGAGGGUCAGCCUGUUUCUUAG